CACGUUUUCUGUCAAGACCGUGACCCUUUUCGUAGCUUAUUACAUAAGAGCUUCAACUGCCCUCCCAAAAUAUACAUACCUACAAAGCAGAAAACAUUUAUUCUUACAAACUUUAUUUCUUUCACAAGUAAGAGAGAGAUAGCGGAAAAAAAUAAUCCAAAUUAGGGUUACUUUGUGUAAAUUCAGAAAAAAUAGUAAAAGGGGGAAGAGCAAUUCAUCAACAUAACCAUGGGAAGAGGAAAGAUAGAGAUGAAGAGAAUAGAGAACAGAACUAAUAGGCAGGUGACGUUUUCGAAGCGACGACAAGGGCUACUGAAGAAAACUAAUGAGCUUGCUGUUCUUUGUGAUGCACAAAUUGGUCUCAUCAUCUUUUCUGGAACCGGGAAACUCCAUACUUACCCAAACCCUACCAGCCUAGAACAAGUCAUACAAAGGUAUCUAAAUGUUCAAGGAAUUCAGCUCCCGGUACAAGAUAAUCGGGAAGAACUAUAUUCAGAGCUGCAAGCCUUAAGGGAAGCGAUUCUCAACGCCGAACAAAGCAUAAGGAACUACUUGGGUGAGGAUUUAGGUCCUCUCCCUCUUGAAGAGUUGCAUAAACAUGAACAACAGCUUGAAUCUUCCUUGAACAUAAUUCGAGCACGAAAGAACCAGCUCACGCAACAGCAACUGGAAAAUCUUCGCAGAAAGGAACAAAUGCUGCAGACUGAUAAUGGAAGCAUGUAUCGCUGGUUGAUGGGAGGUGGACAACUUCAUGAGCAGCAGCAACAGCAACAGCAACAUCAGCAACAGCACCAGCAACUAAUGGGGCAGAUGCCGUUUAUCUAUGGAGGAGAAGACCAGCAGCCGAGUAGUAGUACUGUACUUCAGCUUGCUACUUCAUCUUCUUCACCUCACCAGUUUUAUCCUUACCGUCUUCAACCUACUCAUCCUAACCUUCAAGACUAUGGUCAUGUUAAUUUUGCAGAGUAAGUUGUUUCAGAGAAGCUAAGCGUGUGGGUGACUGGGUGCAGGCUUUCAGAAGAUGGAGAUGGUUGUGGUUUCAUAGUUGUAGAACUUACUACUAUUACAGAAGGUUGCUAUUUAGUUGUUUCAGAAAUAUAUGUAUCUCAGAUGUAUGAUUUUUCUGAUUGUUGUGUUUGACUCUUUUAUCAUUUGAUUUGUAAGCACAGUGUGAUUUCAAUAACUUGAACCACUUAUCAGUUUCUUCCA